CGGUGACGCGAACCGCUAGCUUCCGAUUGGCGGGCGGGCGCGUCGCUCGCGGGUCUCUCCCACCCCACUGCCGCUCCCCCGCAGGCGGAAGAGUCUCGCCCAGGACGGGGGGUAUUUAGGACGCAGCUGUUCAUGGAAGAAUUCAUGUAUAACUGCAAAACAAGAAGGGCAAUCUAAUCUUUGAGGAAAUGGCAGGAUUCCUAGACAACUUCCGGUGGCCAGAAUGUGAGUGUAUUGACUGGAGUGAAAGAAGAAACGCCAUCGCUUCAAUAGUUGCGGGUGUGUUGUUUUUCACAGGUUGGUGGAUAAUGAUAGAUGCUGCAGUAGUUUACCCCAAGCCAGAACAAAUGAACCAUGCGUUCCAUACCUGUGGGGUGUUUUCAACACUAGCUUUUUUCAUGAUAAAUGCUGUAUCAAAUGCACAGGUGAGAGGAGACAGCUACAGCGACGGAUGUUUAGGAAGAACAGGUGCUCGUGUCUGGCUCUUCAUUGGCUUUAUGUUGAUGUUUGGUUCACUUAUCGCUUCAAUGUGGAUUCUUUUUGGAGCGUAUGUUACACAGAACACUAAUGUUUACCCUGGAUUAGCAGUGUUUUUCCAAAAUGCAUUGAUAUUUUUCAGUACUCUGAUCUACAAGUUUGGAAGAACAGAGGAGUUGUGGGGAUGAGAGAUCACAUACAGCAUUGUCUAUUCCAUAGUUGCUAUGUUGUACUAUGUAUGUAGAUAUAUUUACAUUUAUUUGUUCUUGGUUUGCUUUCUAAAUCGUAUGGACUGAGAUAAAUUACAGUUUCUGUAACAAGCUCCCUCUUUUCACAGGACAGACUUGUGAAUAUGUACAUAUGACUGUAUAUAUCUUACAAAGGGAAUGUCAGGCUUUCUUUCUGAAAUCUUCAGGCUUAUUUCUUUGAAUACAUGGGUUUCCAUCAACUCCUAAGACUUGAUCUUCCAAACCUUCAUGUGUAUCAGAGACUUCAGCGGAACUGUUAGUGAACCAGCAGGGUAAAGCCCAUACCCUGUAAAAGGGGUUGUUCUUUUUAUGUGUAGGUGAGCUAGAGCCCGUUUUGCAAGGCCUGCCUGUGUAACCUGGGGAAGUAGUCAGCACCUGGAAGCGACCCAGCCAAGCCUGUGUCUAAUGAGGGUAAAUCCUAUUGUAUGCUGAGAUAAGAGCCGAUUUUAAGAAUUUUGUAUAACUGUUCAGAAAAUAUAAAGGAGCUAUUUUUUUGUAAAGGGUUAUGAAUUUUUAAACAAGGUCCUAUAUUAAGGAGGCUCUGCAUGGUAAAUCGAACUCUUCUUGACUUCUGAUUGCUAUAGCACAAAUGACAAUUGGUAGCACCACAAUCCUUAGAAUUAAUUUUGUGCUGUUCAAUGUAAUAGAUACCAAUUAGUAUUUAAUGUAUUUACUGAUAUUAGAAUAAUUAAAAAAAAAAGAUGCCAGUAAUACAUAAGGAAUGUAAAGAAUACCUGAAAGUCAGACUAACAUCUUUAAAAUUAUGCUAGCAUCAUUUUCUUCAGGGAAAGCUUUUUGCUGAUAAAUGGACAGUUAUCCUGCUACCUAUUACCUUUUCUAUUUAAAAGGCAAGCAUUUCAAGUGGGGAUAUAGUAGAUGUAUUUAUUGCUCAGUCUUACCUUGAAAUAAUUGCCGGUUUUAGGGUUGCCGUUUGCCCCAGUUAAGAGGUAUUUUAUCUCCUGAAUUUCAUGGGCACUUUAUGGGAAUGCUUCCAUUAUUGAAAUCCAGUUUCUUCUAGCUGGAGUAUACAGAAAGGGAGAACAGUGUUUUAUAGCUUCGGACUGAUCUUGUAUAUUCAUCUUGCUGUUGAUGACUUCCUUAUCUUAUCAGUUCUAUGUGGUUUUUAAAGCAUUUGAAUCUACCUUGUGUCUAAAAGCUUUUAUAACUUUACACAUGUCGAGAUUGCUGACCAAAUGGUGGUAAACUGCAGAAUGUAACUUCUGUGUAUGGUUACUGUACGCUGUUAGUCAUCUAAUUGCUCCCUUGUGGGAAUCUCCCCAGUGGACAGAAUAUGAAGCGAAUACUGCAGCUGAAAUUGUGCUACUGGCUAGACUAACUUCAUCCCGAUGUCACCAUCCUGCAGUGAGUUACGAUAUUUUCACUGGUGUUAAUCACAGCUUUGUACGUAAGUUGUCUGUUCAGUUGUGACUUCAGAAAACUGCAAUAAAAUUUAUCUUACGUUCUCAAAACAGUGACCUGCACAAGGUAACCGUACAGUAGUACUCCAUGUAAUAGCUCAAGUAGUGCUGACCUUUAAGCAAGUCUUGUACCAGCUGAUAAGUAAGCCUGAGGUUUUUGUCUUCAGGUCUCAGUUUCUUGCUUAGGAGCUUGGGAAUAAGUGAGGAACAGAUGAGGCCUGUAACUAAUCCCAUUUACAGUACCUUGCACCUGACACUUGAACAGCACAAGCUCAGUGUUUGACUCUUUAAAGCACGUUGUAAGAGUUCUUGAUGCAAGGUCCCACUUAAAAAACAGUUUUCUUAAGAGCAGGGCAAGAGCUUCUUUCUGCGGUUGCCUGCAUUUUUCACCAGAACUUUGCUUUCUUGCAAGUAGGUCUUGACUGUCCCUUCUAUGUUUACACAGCUGCUAAGAGAAGAAAAGAGACAGCUUGGAGUGUGUGGCUUUUCCAGUAUCUUAAGCUGAAAACAGGCGCAGUACAAGAACCACAUGGGCUUCAUUCAGAACAUCCUGAAGUCCGCUUUUAUACCACAGGUAGUGCCAGCACAGGCCAAGGUGGAUAGGGAUGGCUCAGUUUAGGUAAUGCCUUGGCCUGCUACAGUUGGCAGUUGUGGAGAUAACCCUUGAGUUACUCCUAAUGAGAGGUUUUUAACUUUGGCCUGUUUGUGUCGUUAAAAAUACAUAGUACCGACUCUAACAGCAGCCUAACGUAGGGCUUAUUCAGGAAGUCAUAUGCUAAAUAUUCAGGGGAGAGGUUUCAACUGCCUCUUAUCCUCUAUUAUGCAUUUAAGUUGUUCCUUUGUGAGCCUGGGGUUCUUCAUUUGUUUACAGCACAGUAUAUAUAAAAAGAGUGGGGAUGAACCUAAAAGCAGGUAUUACGCAGCUUAUGGCUGACUUGGAAAGUCUUACCGGACUUGAAAUGUGACUAAGUCGUCAGAUAACUGUGUUGCCUUGGCAUGUUACCUAACUACAAGGAAACAACUUCAUGAAGCUUUUCGGGGGGGCGGGGGGAGGGAGGGAAGAAAGCUUACUGAUGUUUCACACCAGUCUUGCAUAUUCCUGGAACGGGUGGAACAGCGUUACCCCAGAUAACGCACAGCUCUGACAGCGGCCAGCUUCAUUAACUGACCUUGGUAAUUUGAACAAGUCAUCUGCAAAUAAACAAGCAUCGUUCAUUUUUUUUUUAACAAUUUGUAUCGAACCCAGGAACCAAAUCAAACAAAUAAAAACAAUGUUUUUACUACA